AAAUUUUUUCUACCGUGUGAACUGCUUGAGCCUCGACCAUGGCCGGCAAUAGAGCCAUAACGCUGGAGGAGAUCAUGAACGAAUCAGUCGACUUGGAACAGAUACCUGUAGAGGAAGUGUUGGAGCAGCUGAAAUGUACCAGGGCUGGACUAACUUCAGAGGAAGGAGCCCGUCGACUCCAAGUUUUUGGACCAAACAAACUAGAAGAGAAAAAGGAGAGCAAGAUUGUCAAGUUUUUGCGUUAUACGUGGAACCCUUUGUCAUGGGUGGAAGCUGUUGCUAUCAUGACUAUUGUCAUGGCAAAUGGACUUAGGGGAUCUACAGACUGGCUGGACUUUGUCGGUAUCGUUGGGUUGUUGCUGAUUAACUCUACCAUCAGAUUUAUAGAAGAAAAUAAAGCUGGUAAUGCUGCAGCAGCCCUCAUGGCUGGUCUUGCUCCCAAAACUAAGGUCUUAAGAGAUGGUAGAUGGAGUGAACAAGAUGCUGCAAUUCUGGUGCCAGGGGACAUAAUCACCAUUAAAUUGGGAGACAUAAUUCCUGCAGAUGCUCGUCUUCUUGAGGGUGAUCCUUUAAAGAUUGAUCAAUCUGCUCUCACUGGAGAAUCUCUUCCUGUCACUAAAAGCCCCUCAGAUGAAGUGUUUUCUGGUUCCAUAUGUAAACAGGGUGAAAUAGAAGCAGUUGUUAUUGCAACGGGUGUGCACUCGUUUUUGGGUAAAGCUGAGCAUUUAGUAGACAGCACCAAUCAAGUUGGGCAUUUUCAGAAGGUUCUCACAGCCAUUGGUAAUUUCUGUAUUUGUUCAAUUUUUGUUGGAAUGUUCAUUGAGGCGGUUGUCAUGUUCGGGAUCCAGCACCGCAUGUUCAGGGCUGGAAUUGACAAUUUACUAGUUCUCUUGAUUGGAGGGAUCCCGAUUGCCAUGCCAACCAUGUUAUCUGUCACCAUGGCUAUUGGUUCUCAGAGGCUCUCUCAGCAAGGUGCUAUUACCAAGAGAAGGACAGCCAUAGAGGAAAUGGCAUGCAUGGAUGUUCUCUGCUGUGACAAGACAGGGACUCUGACCCUGAACAAACUGACUGUUGAUAGAAACCUGAUUAAAGUGUUUCUAAAGGGGAUAGGGGUGGACCAAGUUAUCCUUUAUGCAGCUAGAGCUUCAAGAACUGAAGAUCAGGAUGCCGUUGAUGCGGCCAUUGUUGGAAUGCUUGCAGAUCCCAAAGAGGCACGAGCUGGUAUUAGGGAGGUUCAUUUCCUUGCAUUCAAUCCUGUAGACAAAAGAACUGCUCUUACCUACAUUGAUUCUUAUGGAAACUGGCAUCGGGCUAGCAAAGGUGCCCCUGAGCAGAUAUUGCACCUCUGCAACUCCAAGGGAGAUGUUCGGGAAAAGGUUCAUGCAGCAAUUGACCUGUUUGCUGAACGUGGACUUCGAUCAUUAGCAGUGGCAAUACAGGAAAUACCUGAGAAGACAAAAGAUAGUUCAGGGGAACCAUGGCAGCUUAUUGGUUUGUUGCCUCUAUUUGAUCCUCCAAGGCAUGACAGUGCUGAAACCAUUAUAAUGGCUCAAAUCCUUGGCGUGAAUGUGAAGAUGAUUACUGGUGAUCAGCUUGCCAUCGCCAAAGAAACUGGGAGGAGGCUUGGAAUGGCAACGAACAUGCACCCUUCUUCCUCCCUGCUUUUUGAAGAUAAGGAUGCUUCAAUUGCUGCUGCUUUCCCUAUAAAUGAGUUCAUUGAGACGGUAGAUGGAUUUGCUGGAGUACUACCAGGUGGUUUAAUAUAUUUCGGCAGUUGCGAACUUGGUAUUUUUGGGAUCAUUGUUGCAGUCUGUUGGUACUGUGUAAAGAAAUCGAGGAAAGCAUUACCUGAGAUACUCGGUGAAGUGAAGACAGCAACUGUUACUACGUCGAGUCAGCCGCAGCAUGUGGUUCCAAUUUGGGAGGUUGAUGCGCCCACCAUGGGGAAAUUUUUGCAAGAGUUUGCCAGGGAUAAGCCGGUGAGAUUCACUGCUCAGCAGCUCUGUGCCUUUACAGGCAAUCACUCAACCAGGUUGGGAUCUGGAGGAUUUGGGGUUGUUUACAGAGGGCAGUUUCCCACUGGAGUGAAGAUUGCAGUGAAGGUGCUCGAGAAAGGUUCUGAGAGAGCAGCAGGGGAGCAGUUCAUGGCAGAGGUAGGCACAAUCGGAAAAAGAUACCAUAUUAAUUUGGUUAGAGUUUCUGGUUUUUGCUAUGAUCAAUAUAUGAGUGCGCUUGUAUACGAAUUCAUGGAAAAUGGAUCGCUUGAUAAAUACUUGUUUGGGGAGAAGGAGAUGACUGGGUGGGAAAAAUUACAUGAAAUAGCGCUUGAUGAAAAAUUCUUCCCUAAAGUUGCUGAAUUUGGUCUUGCAACGCUCUGCAACAGAGAUAGUACUCCCGUUUCAAUCACUGGAUACAGGGGAACCCCGGGUUACUCUGCCUCGCAAUUCUUACUUAGGAAUCAUCCCAUAACAUACAACUGUGAUGUGUAUAGUUUUGGAAUGGUUUUGUUUGAGAUAGCUGGGAGGAGGAAAAACACGGUUAUUAGUUCCUCUGAAAGGCUUGAUUGGUUUCCAAAGCAUGUGUGGGAAAAGUACGAGAAGGGGGAAUUGACUGAAAUGACAGUAGAUUGUGGGAUUGAAGAGAAGGAUAGGGAAAAAACAGAGAGAAUGUCCGUGAUUGCAUUGUGGUGUGUUCAAGACUCACCAGAGGCUAGGCCACCAAUGAAUGCGGUGGUGAAGAUGUUGGCAGGAGGAGUGGAGAUCAAGCCGCCUCCUAAACCUUUUCAUUAUCUAUUCUCAGUAGUCAGUAGGGAUGAAUGCAGUCAAGCCAACUGCUGGUUCAAGUUUCUCCUUAAGUGAAGAAUCCAACUCUUAUUGGUACAAAGAGACUACACCCAUCAUGUCCAAAUAUGAAAUCCAAGUAGCUAGUAGUUAAGAAUACUAGUAAAAUCUAGUUUUUAGAAAAUGUAUGUUUUGUUUUAUUUAUUUAUUCAUUUAUUUUUUGGAGCAGUAAAGGUAGUUUAUUAUU